AACAAACUCCUGAAACUGAUUCCUUACUCGAUACUAAAACAAAAAUAAUUCUUGAAUCUGCUAAAAAGCGCCUUCUAGAGAACAUAACAUCUGAACAAUAUACUUCACCAAAUGUUAAUUUUAUCGUUCCAGAAAUCAUAGACAAAUCAAACACGUUAUGUAUUUUGAUCAUUUCAAUUACUACAGAUAGUUCAGAAUUGGAAUUAGGUGUCGACGAAUCAUAUGAACUUACAAUUCCCGAAUCGCAAAUUGACAGUGAUCCAAUAACGGCUCAUCUUAAAGCUAAAACCAUAUUUGGUGUCCUUCAUGGCUUAAACACAUUUUCUCAACUUCUCUAUUAUAAAAACUCUAAGUCAUUAUUGCCUUUCGCUCCACACCAAAUCAAUGAUUUUCCUCGAUUUUCUCAUCGAGGUUUGUUAUUGGACACUGCAAGAAAUUAUUUUCCUGUAAAAAACAUUUUGAAGACAUUAGAUAUAAUGAGCUGGAAUAAGUUUAAUGUGUUUCAUUGGCAUAUUGUCGAUGCUACUAGUUGGCCAGUAGUUAGUGAAUCAUUUCCAGAAUUGAGUAAUAAAGGGUCUUAUGAUCCAAAACGUAUGAUUUACACUAAAGAAAGUAUUAAGGAAGUUAUCGAGUAUGCAAAUUUG